AUUCAUAUUAUAAUCAUCAUAUUCAGGUUGUAGCACUGUGCAGCACAGUGUGGAUUAUCUUGUACGAUUUGAACUGAACUGAAAUUACAUGUAGUAUGUCUCCAUUUAAAAUCAACCAAUGAAAUGAUGAAUCAGUUUGAUGAAAGUGAGAGAGAAGUGUCACUAAAACAUGUCAACCUUUUUCAAAAGUUGCUAUUCAACCACCUCCUGUUAAUUAAUGUUAGUUUCCUUUCCACAGUUUUCCCGUCACUGAAUCUGUGUGUGUGUGUGUGUGUGUGUGUGUGUGUGUGUGUGUGUGUGACCUGGGAGAUGGAGAGGCAGAGCCCAGGAGAGAGGCAGGCAGACACUGUUAGAGCUGUGGCCACCAUCACCACCGCAUCAGCUGCCGUAACCAUGGCAACAGUCAGCUCCAGCAGCACCACGUGCACCCAGGCGCCCUCAGCUUCCCUCAGCCUCAUCCCAUCAGACAGACAGGCAGUCCAGGUGAUCCAGCAUGCCAUCCACAGACCUCAGAGCAUGGCGGCCCGGUACCUGCAUCAGAUGUACGCAGCCCAGCAGCAGCACCUCAUGCUGCGGACAGCGGCCCUGCAGCAGCACCAGCACACGCCCCAGCUGCAGAGUCUGGCCACCAUACAGCAGGCUUCAAUCUGUCAAAGGCAGCCUCCGCCUCCGUCCACUGGCUGUUUGGUUCAACCUCCUGUUGUUUCCCAAAGCUCAAUCACUUUACCAGCAUCUCCUGUGACAGCCCAGCUGGUUGGCCGCACACAAGCAUCCAACUCCACUUCUGCUGCAGGUACCGUAUCUCAGCAGGCCAUGCUCCUGGGAAACAGACCGGCCAACUGUAACCAAGCUCAGAUGUACCUCCGAACUCAGAUGCUAAUUCUAACUCCUGCUGCUCCAGUGGCUACCGUUCAAUCAGACCUCCCAGCUGUCACCUGCUCCUCCUUACCUACCUCCUCUCAGGUGCAGAAUCUGGCUCUGCGUGCGCACUUGCCUGGAGCUCUGGCAUCAGCACACAGUGUCAUCCUAAAGCCAUCAGCCCAGUCCCCAGCCCCGUCUCCAGCCGCCUCCUUGUCCAAGGCGUCAAUCUGCGCUCUGAAGACCAACCAGCUGACUGACGCCUCGACUGAAACAGGUUCGCCCCAGAUUAUAACCCCGGCCUUUUCUCCAGUGCAGACCCACGCUCUGGUCAAGCAGCAGCUGUCCUGUCCGUCAGGCCAGCGGGUGGCGCACCACCAGCUCAUCCUCCAGCAGGCCACCGCAGGCGCCCUCAACCACAGACAGCUCCAGCCCAUCGCCCUCAGAGUAGCCCCCCAGGAAACAAACUCCCACCCUCUUUCUCUGUCAGUUCAAAGACUGACUACUCCCAGCACCCAGUCACAAACCAACAGCGACCACCAAGCCCCCUCCUCCUCCUCUUCCCCUUCUUCCUCCUCUGUCACCAGCGUGUUUGCGUCAUCGGCUCAGACCUCGAUCCCGGCAGCCACCGUUCAGCCUCAGCCUCCUCCUCUGGUGGCGGCGCCGCAGCGUCGCACCUCGUUCCCACAAGUGCAGAAUCAGCCUCCGCCUCCUCCUCCACCGCUGGUUCUCCCCAGGCUGCCCCAGAACCCGCCGGCCUCCCUCCAGAGGCUGUCCCUGCACUCGGUCCGACCUCUGUCCGUCCAGUCGGGGAAGGUGCUGCUGAGGGAGCAGGAGCUGCCUGUAGGGGAGGCCCUCGUCCAGAUGCCCUACCAGAACCUUCCUCCUCCGCAGACAGUGGCCGUUGAUCUGAAAGUGCAUGUGGUGAGACGCAAUGAAGCUCCACCGUCGGGGCAAACGUGCAAAGUGAACAGACUGAGCUCAGAGGACAGGAAAGAUGAAUGUUCUCCAAGUCGACAGAGAGACAGGACCCCUAGACCUCUCGUUGUGUCUCCUAAGCAAAAUGGUGCAGCAGUGAUGGGUUCAUCCCCCGUCACAUCCGGUCACUCAGUGAUCAGGUCACCACAGGUGGAGGAUCCUUCCCAGCUCACCACCACCAUCAGCAUCAGCACCACCAUCAGCAGCAGCAACCCUCCUCCUCCUCCUCCUCCUCCUCCUCCUCCUCCUCCACCUUCUCCUCUACCUCCUGCCAUCCUCCCUGUUGCAGUAAGCGUCCCCAGCCAUCCUCCCUCUGCCCCAGCCAGCCUCCCAGGAAGCCCCGACAGGAUACACACAACCCACGUCCUCACACACCUCAUAGAGGGCUUCGUCAUCAGAGAGGGCCUGGAGCCGUUCCCAGUGGGUCCUUCCACGCUCUUCGGAGACCAGCAGGCUUCACUUCCAGAGUCACAGGAGAUGCACGCCAACGGGAACGCAGCAGCCGAGGACAGUCCUCCGGACGCUGACCAGUCAGAUUCAACAGACUCCGAGAUGGAAGACGACGGCCCUGCAGCAGAUGAGCUGGGGGAGAGUGUGGCAGCGGUGCUGCAGUGUGAAUACUGCGGGAGCAGAGGUUAUGCUCAGACGUUCCUGCGCUCCAAGCGCUUCUGCUCCAUGACGUGUGUCCGAAGGUUCAGCGUGAGCUGCACCAAGCGCAUCACCAUGCUGAGAGCAGGCCGCUGGGGUCACAGGCCAAUGGGCAGGAGAGGACGACCCCCCGGCAGAGUCAACGGAGCCUCCAGGGAAUAUUUCCAGACACGGACUCGUGGGCCAUGUGCCUCGGAGCACGACCAGCGGUGCUCACCGAGAGAGGCGGAAGAGGAGGAUGAGGAAGAGGAGGCGCAGGAGGCGGAGGAGGACGAGGAGAUGGAGGAAGAUGAGCCUCCCGUUCCCAUGAAGACCAGGCUCAGGAAGCAGGCCGAGAGGCAGAGAGACAGGGAGCGAGAGGAGCAGAGGACGCCGGAGACAAUCAGUGUCUCUGACGGAGAGGAAGACGCCGGCCGGCCGGCCCAGUGGAACGUGGAGCAAGUGUUUUCUUUCAUCAGCUCCCUGCCAGGCGGUCAGGGCGUAGCGGGGGAGUUUCGCUCCCAGGAGAUCGACGGACAGGCUCUGAUGCUGCUCACGGAGGAUCACCUGCUGAGCACCAUGAACCUCAAACUGGGACCUGCCCUGAAACUCUGUGCCCACAUCAACUCUCUGAAGGACGCAUGAGCUUUUGACAUGAAAAACAACAAUAAUGUGUUGUUUGUUUUUAAAGUCUCCAUUACUCCAGCUUAAACACAGAGCAGAUCAUGAACUAGACUGAAAUCAUGAACUCACAGACGUCGUUUUCCUGAGAUCACUGCCAAGGACUUCACCCCUGACACCUCCAGCUGUUCCCAGCUGUCAGACUGUCACACUGAAGUCCACUGGAUCGUCGCAGCUUUAUUUGAACACACAGAUGAGCAGUUUUACUCUUUUACCUCUGGUUAUUCCAUCGUAGUGAUUGUAGCAGUUUGGCUCCAGUUAUCCAUUUGUUUCAAAAUGGUUUUUAAAAGUACUUUCUAUCAUUUUUUUUUUAUCAAACAAAGAGGAUAACUUAAAAUGUUACAUUAUUACACAAAGGAUGCUGUACAAUUUCAAGGUUUACAAAGCAGAUGGUAGAAUUUGAUACAUUUAUCAUCAGCAUUCAGUUGUUAAAAACUUAUGAAAACUAACUGAUGAAAAGGUUAUUUAUUGUUGUUAUUAUUGUAUUAUUGCUAUAAUUAAAAUAUAAAUAAAACUAAUUGUAAAAAAAAAUGAUUAAAGAAACUUUUAUGUUGUCAAAAAAUGACACUUUGAUAUGAUAAUAACUCUUUUGUGAGAAAGAUUUAAAAGGCAGAACUUUGACUGGUGAAGAAAAAAAACAACACAGAAAUGAUCCGAAAGCAUUUUCUGCUCUAAGUGGAAACUCAUUUCAGGAGCGUUCUGUAAAUAUAUAAUAAUAAUGAUUACAUUUUACAUGGUUUUAUUCAUUUUAAUCAAUUAAAGGAUCUGAUUACUUUCCUCCAGCACUGCAGCUGCAGAGAAAUAAAAGAAAAGAAAAACACCUUGUGAGUUUAAGGGGGGAAAAAAUUCUCUCACCUCAGUUUUUACAUUUAUGAGAUAAACAGCGAUUCUUCCUGCUCUUCAUGAUGCAGUAUUAUUGUUAUAUCACCACCAGAGGGCCUUCUUGAUGCUUUUUCUUGGGGGGGGGGGGACUACACACAACGAGAGGUCUAGGGGUCCUGUCUCUCUGUCGACUUGGAGAGCAUUCAUCUUUCCUGUCCUCUGAGCUCAGUCUGUUCACACAUUUUUAGCUAAAAGUCAACUGUGGAUGUGACAGUUUGUUGUUACACUUAAAUAUCUUAACUGGAAAAAAAACAGAACAGUAAUAACUUUGGCAGACAAUCUCCAUAGACCAUAUGUUGUUGUUUUUUCUAGUGUACAAAAAUGUGUCUGACAAAUAUUACCAACUCUCUGUUAAGCCUGUCACAUUUCUCCCCCUUUUUCAUAUCUUCAUAUGAAAGAUAUAAAGACAAAUACAUAAAAAAAUUGUAUGGAAAAUAAUACAGAACAGGAGAAAUAAAUAAACUACCACCACAUAAGUUUACCAUUCUGAUUACUGAGGACAAUAUGGGCUGUCAGUAAAAAAACCCUGCAAUUUAAAUAUAAUUUUGAUUCCUAAUCUGUGUAGGUAUUUGCAUAUUUCUAUUUUUUGCCCGAAUAAUAAUCUCACUAUUCCAUAAGUGCAGACAUAAUUCAGUUCAAGUGAUUAGUGCCCAUUCACACAAUAACAACACAUAAGUAAGACAUGGUUACAGUUAUAGCUUUUUUUUUAUUUGACACAAACUGUGACAUUUAAUUUUCACGCCUUGGAGACAGAUUAAAAUAUAUAUUUUUGGAACAUUGCUAUAAUUAUUUUAAGUGCAAAGGAGUACAGUUCUCUACAAAAAAUACUAUGGACUAUAUCAUAUACGUUCUAUCUAUGCUAUACACACACUGGGGAAUGUGUUGUCUGGAUGUGAAACUUAUCGCUGGAAUGUUUCAAAAGUGUGCAGGGAUGGGACCUGAAUGGAAAACAGUAAGAAAAAAAACUAACAUACAGUUUACAGAGAGUUUAAAAUUUCCAUGCACACUAUUUGGUUUACAAGGCUACUGUGCAAAAAGUCGUUGCAUUUAAGACAUUGAGCGAUAUCAACGUGAUAGAAAUGUCAUUAACUCAGCCACGGAUGAGAGCUCGCUAGAAGCAAUGAGGUCGAUAAGUUUUACAGGCACCGCUAAGAGGAGUUGGUACAUUCUCAAAUCUGGUAACGCUUCAUUUUACAGGUCCGCGAGUUCUGAUUCAUUCUCGGAUAAUUUCCUCAAAGGGUUUCCAGGAAGUAACCAUGUAGUCUGGUAAUAAUUACAGGUGAAA